AUGUUUGGGCUACUGUACGGGCUCUUUGAGCAGGCGUUCGCAAAGAAGGAGUACUAUGCGCUCAUCCUUGGUCUCGACAACGCCGGCAAAACCACACUGCUGGAGCGCAUGAAGGCCACAUACGGUGAAAAGGAAGCUCUGCCUCCAGACCGCAUUGCGCCCACUGUGGGGCUCAACAGGAGGGAGCGAUUAGUGCUGUGGGAUCUGGGCGGACAGUCCGGCCUUCGUUCGAUUUGGCCGAAAUACUACUCGGAGGCCAGCGGUCUCCUCUUCCUGCUCGAUGCGGCGGACGAGAAGCGACUCGAGGAGGCCUGCUCCGCCUUUCAAUCCAUCAUGACCGACCCUCAGCUCGACGCCAAAGUUCCAGUCUUGAUUCUACUCAACAAACAGGAUGUGGCUGACCCCAAGGUCGUGGAGCGAAUGAAGGAGUCCAUGGGCGCCCUGGCUGCGACCUCUUCCCGUCCGUCCGCUCUGUUCCCCAUCUGCGCACUAAACGGGGACGGAGUGGUCAAGGGCGUGAAAUGGUUGGUCGAGCAGCUGCGCGAGGCCUCCUCCGCAUGA